AUGUUGCCUUUAACAUCUAAUUCUGCGAUGAUUUCGCAAACUUCCAAUGCUGUAAUCAAUCCAUCGACUUCUAAUGUCACCACUAUUCCAAAUUUGGAUAUUCAAAAUUCCGAAACUACAAUAGUUUCUCAAAAUUCUGAUGCAACUACAAUACCAAAAAAUUCCGAUACAACAAUGAUGUCAAGGCAACCCACAAUGAUUAUCCCACAGAAUAUGAAUAAUAUUAAUAUAGAAACACAUCGUCCUAAUGUUCCUAUGAUACCUCAAGAUAUUACAAUGAAUUUUCCUUCCGUUAAACCUGCGACUUUAACUCCUAGAGAAGAAAUGAUAGCGUUCGCUGCAAUUCAUCAAAUGGAAUUAAGCGCUAAUCAGAGGAGGAUUCAAUAUCAUGAAAUCCAUGAUCUUAGCGAUGAUGAAAAAGCCAAGAUUCUUCAAAAAUUACAAGAAUUACAGCCGAUGUAUAAUGAGGUUGAUAAAAUAUUGCCAUAUGUUUGGCAUUAUACGAAAUCAGCACAAGGGACUUCUCGAUUGAUUGGUAUGAAAUAUAUGAUUGAAGAUCAAUUAAAAGCAUUAAAAGCAUUACCGGAAAAAUUCCUUCUUCGGCUGGAACUAGUUGAGAAUCUAAUUAAACAAUUCCAAAAAUAUUUUACAUAUGUGGAUUCUUGUCGAAAGGGAAUUGUCGAUGCAAAUGCAAAUGCAAAUGCAUUAUUUAGUAUAAAUAAUAUUCAAUUAGUACAACCUCCCGCGCCAUUAAAUGUUGAAGGAAUGAUUAGACCGCGAAUUAACCCAUCCGAUUUAAAACUUCCGGCGCAAAAAUCAAAUGACUUAAAUUUAUCAAGCACGGGAAAACGACGCAGAAAAUCAACCGAUCCUGCACAUCAACCACCCAACAAAAAACAAUCUAUCAAUUCCAAUAAUGUUAAUAAUCAAAAUAAAUUACCUGAUGUGAUUAUAGUUGAUCCACCAAACAUAUCAUUUAAACCUUCACGUUCUUCUUCAUCAGAUAAAAGAAAAAAUUCAGUUAUAAUAAUUCCCGAUGAUGCUAAACCAGAGGCGGAGACAUCAGAAAAACGAAAAGAAAUAAGCCAAAUCAAAUCAGAUGAUCUUACAACUGAAGCGAUGGUUGCAAAAAAUAAAACAAUGGUUCAAUUUGCUGAGCUUCUUAGUAACUUAUUUAAAAGCGAUCAAAAUAUUGGUGAAAAAAUCGAGAAGCAAAAUGGGCCAAGCAACCCUCAGAGAGCUAUUCUUGAUGGAUUUCAACCGCAUGAUGAAACUGUUGAUCCACCCAAUCUUUUGAUCUCAUUGUAUAACACAGCGUAA